UGGUUUACAGGAUUUGCUACAAAGUGAAUCAUUAUGUCAUCAUUUCUAUGCAGUGCAGCACAGUAGGCUGAAUUUGAUCACCUACUGUUAUUUGAAUGGGAAAUAUCUUUCACUUGGUACCCAUAUAUUGAAUUGACCGUUGCAACCACCGCCAUCAUGUCAGACUAUCAGGAUGCAGAUAAACCCCCCGCACCGCCACUGCGUCACACUAGUACCAGGGAAUCGAAUCUCCCCCUUGAAAUGAAACCAUUGCCAAAGGAGCCUGAUGACGAUAGAAAGAAGGAAAGAAAAAUGAAACCAUCCAAAGUCUACAAGACUAUCAAGAAAGAUGACAAACCAGUUAUCUCAGCACCGUCUAACUUUGAACAUACAGUACAUGUCGGGUUUGAUCCUUCUACAGGGGAAUUUACGGGCAUGCCAAGGGCAUGGGCGGACCUACUACAACACUCGGCAAUCACAGAACAGGAGAAGAAGAAGAAUCCACAGGCUGUCUUGGAUGCCCUCAACUACUAUGAUAAGUCGCAGAAAGAGGAGCAGGAAUCAAAGUACAUGACAAAGUUUAAACCAUACAGCUCCUCUGGCUCUGGAACCACAGGAUCAUCCAGCUCAGCAGAUUUGAAUUCUUCGCGGCCUGCCAUCUUGGAAUAUGACAAUAACCAAGCGAGUGGUGCGGCACCUUCGACACCACCUAAUGAUACAGUGAAGACUGAACCUAGCCCACCACCAUCACCAGAAGAAGACGAAUCCCCUGAGGGACCUCCUGCUGUGCCGACUAGACCAGAUAAGACAAAAUCAAUUUACACCAUGCCCGUUGAGGAACCAAAGAAAGCGCCAACCAAAGACGAGAGACCUAAGAAGAAGAAGAUGACAGAUGAAGAAAUACUAGCAAAACUACGAACAAUAGUCUCAGUGGGAGAUCCCAAGAGGAAAUAUAACAAAUUUGAAAAAAUAGGACAAGGAGCUUCCGGUACGGUGUUCACAGCAAUUGAAAUAGCGACGGCGAAUGAAGUGGCCAUCAAACAAAUGAACCUCUCACAGCAACCGAAGAAAGAGUUAAUCAUCAACGAAAUCCUGGUCAUGCGAGAAAAUAAACAUGGAAAUAUUGUCAACUAUUUAGAUAGCUUUUUAGUUGGAGAGGAAUUGUGGGUGGUAAUGGAAUAUUUAGCAGGUGGAUCCCUGACGGAUGUUGUGACAGAGACUUGUAUGGAUGAGGGACAGAUAGCAGCGGUAUGCCGGGAGUGUUUACAGGCAUUAGAUUUUCUCCACACAAAUGGCGUAAUACAUCGUGAUAUAAAAAGUGACAAUAUACUCCUUGGAAUGGAUGGCAGUGUUAAAUUAACUGAUUUUGGCUUCUGUGCACAACUGUCGCCUGAACAAAGUAAAAGAUCUACCAUGGUUGGAACUCCGUAUUGGAUGGCUCCAGAAGUCGUGACGAGGAAGCAGUAUGGUCCUCGGGUGGAUAUAUGGAGUUUAGGUAUCAUGGCUAUUGAGAUGAUUGAAGGAGAACCACCAUAUCUUAAUGAAAACCCAUUGAGGGCUCUAUACCUAAUUGCAACCAAUGGUCAACCAGAGAUUAAACAGCCUCAGAAACUCUCUGCCAUAUUCAAAGAUUUCCUCACUCAGUGUCUUGAGGUGGAUGUUGACAAGAGAGCUGGUGCCAAGGAACUAUUAAGUCAUCCAUUCUUAAAGGGGGCAAAGCCUCUUGCGAGUCUUCAACCACUUAUAUUAGCUGCUAAGGAAUUCACGUCUCGCCACUGAGGUUUCGAUCUGAGAGAACUAGUCAAUACAUGUGCUGGUCUAUCAUAGAUAGCUUAGAGUGGAUGAUGCGAACAUCUGUCAUUCAGUAGGCUGCUUCCAGGUUGGGCGGUCAACAUUGUGUUGUUUCAUCCUAAUAGGAUUGUUUAGGAUAAGGUUUCAGCAGAAAUGACUAAGCCAAGUAGUCGAACACUUCAAAUAUCGAAGUGCAUCAUAGCAGAAUCCUUACUUUAAUGUGUAGUGAUUCAAAAUGCAGUAGCACUUCUACUCGAGAAAUUUCUACACUGCACCAUUAUGUACAAAUAUGCAUUCAACUUUGGAAUCUCCAAAAAUGCCUGCUAUGGUCGCUCAUUGACAUUUACAAGUUUUGUUUAAAAACGUUAGAGACAGCAGUGCAUUGCAGUGCUUAAAUAUAUUCUGCGACCAAGUAGAGCUGGUGUUUUGGCUCUAAAAGGUUCAGUACAUGCAUGUAUAACUUAUUUGUAGAGCAAAAUAGUUUGCAAUCUAAAUAUUCACGGUUGGGCCGAGAAAAGAUUUGUUCAACCAGGAAGAGGAUUUCUGUUACUGUCCAAUGUUAGUAUGUUAGUUAAACUCACCACUUGUCAUCUGUAUUCUACCCUACUAAGGCAAAAGGCAUUAACUGACCUAGGACAGUUUCAUUCGGACAAAACAUUUUGCAUGCAGGAAAUCUUUUGCAAAUUUCACGAGUAGGUAAUAUAAUGCUCGAUAGGAAGUGUGCACUGUCCAGGUGAAACUAGUGUGAAUUCUUUUCCCGAUCUUGGGAUCACCAGAACAGUAUCAAGCUCCAAAUAUUGGACAAGAUAAUUUUCAGAGGCCCUGCAGACCAAAAUAGGUGGCAGUGUCUUUUCUUAAUCCUAGAUUGGCAAAAUGAAGCCUCUAUAGUUUCACCCUAACAUUGUUGAACUUGUGAACAGAACAUUUUUUUUAACUGGUCAGACGACUUGGAAAAUUGGUGUGUUGCUGUUUGAAGUUUCACCAGGGGGUAUUUUGUAGAAAUGUUUAGUAUAUAUUGUUCAUGACUUGCUUCUGCUUGGGGCCCGAUAGUUAUUUCUAAGACAUGUAUGACGGUCAACCGAAGCAGCACCAUGUAAUUCCAGUUUUAACUGAGACAUGCUCCAUUUAUGCUGCCAUGUUCUGUAAGGGGUUGUUUCUUCUUAACAUAGAAGUGAGGUGAAAGAUAGAAUUAAGGCAGAGUUUGGGAACGGUCUAAACUGUAUUGGGUUCCGCAAGAUUUUUGUUUAGGCUGUUUCAUUGGCAGCAAUAUGGGCAAAAUCAUGUGACUAUAUUUUCCCUAACCCUUGCCAUCUGAAUUAAGAAUGGGAAUUUUUACCAUGAAUUUUCAUCAGGCUAUUAAACCAUGAAAAUGAGCAUAUAAAUGCACUUAUUAUACAUCAUUGUGAAGCGUAUGACUUCUUCUAUCAAACCAUACCAUUAUCUGGCUGAACUGGGCAGAGUGGAAGGUUGUCCUCACCCCAGACCCAUCAACUUCACUGUCACUACCAUUGUCACCAACACCAGGCAUACUGAGCGCUCUAUCCACUGCAGAUGCAUCAUGAUGAUAUACAUGUACACUACCGGUACCAUAUUCGCUAUCGGAGUCAUCAUCUGAACUAAAUUCCACCUUUUGGUCGUCUAAAAUUAGCUCUAAAACUUGCUGAGUAGUCAGCGAGUUUCAUCUGAGUGCCAUCUUACUUCCUGGUUGUGAAAGACACUCAUAAAAUUCGGAUUUUAUCCAAAACAAAUCGAAAAUACCACAAAAACAGCGUCAGUCACUUGUCUUGACAGCUAGUGACAUAUGGUGUUACUAUACUAACGGUCUAGCUGGCCAUUCAGGUUUUUCCGUGAGGUCCCGAUGUGAAAGGAUUAAAGUCCCCAGGCUCAUGGGUGACUAAGUUCCAUGCAAUGAGCAAUGGCAGCAUCGAGGUGACAUCACGGAUGGGUAACUUUUUAGUGUUUUCAACCCGACCAGCAACUGAUUAUAUGUGUUGCCUGAUGUGUCGCUACAUUUCUUUUGCUGCAAAUAAUUGCACGUGCAAAGGUAACUUUCUGAUGACCAAAUGGUCUCAAGGGUUUCUAACAAGCAAUCAUUAUAACAUGAUAAAUUCUUCUUUGCCUCCUCUGUAGAAUCAAUUCUCAAUAUUACCGAGCAUUUUAUCAGACCUUCAAGUUUGCCGAGCUUGCCACUCCUGGGAAAGGACAAUUUAUUUAAUAAAGUUAGAAAAACUAUGUUGUUGGGUCUUUCAAUGAAAUAUUGUUGUGUUCAUUGGGUGAUAAGAUUCUUUAAGCAUGAUUUGCAUCAAAUAAAAAAAAGCACUGCUGAUUUGUCCUUUGGAAAGUGAACAGAUUGAUGUAAAAUAUGCAUGGAUUGAUUUUGUGCGUGCACCACAGAGUAACCCGCUGGUUUAUUUACCUCGAAAUUUAGUGCAUAUGAUGACAUACAUGUAGUUUCCAUGUUAACAGAUGGACACAGUUCAUUUUAGAGAAUUUACCAACGCGUGCACAUUUUGGAUGUUUCCUUGUGAGGCAGCCAUUCUCCCAGGCCUCAAGGAGCACUAUCCAGGGCAAUCUGCUUGGUAAAAAGGCCAGAUAAGAUAGGGCAAUCUGGGGAAUUCAUUCACCAGCGUGUGCCUUGAUGUCAGUAUCUAAAGCAAUGCAAAAACAGCUGCUGUGACGCAUUUGUGUUAGAUAUCUGAUUUCGUGAUGAUGGAGGGGAGCAGAAGAGUGACUAUUAUUCCAUAAGACAAAUUGUAGGGUGUAGUGCCACAGCUGAUUGCUGCUCUUGUCACCUUUGAAGUUUGGCACAUCUCAUGACCUUUCUAACAAACCUGCGAUUCUUGAAUUGGAUCCCCAGGCACAUUGACGGGUCUCGUUCAUUUUAACCUUCUCUUCUGCACCUGUGAAAAUAUGUGCCACAGAUGAGUUGGUUAUUUCAGGACACAAUGUUCAGGUGCCGUUUCAACAAAACGGAAAUUUCAUUCGGUGUUGCAUUUUCCCACAAAUUGAUCUCCAACCUGUGACGUUUUAGAAGAAAGCAAAUUUCCAGUCUGUCGGUGAGAUGAUUACAGUAGAACCUUUCUGUUAAGGACACCCUCGGGACUGACUAGUGCUGUCUUUAAUGAAAUGGUCAAGGGACCAUGUGCUCACCUGUGUCAAAGGACCUUGAAAAGUAGGUAAAAAAACUGCAGACGAUAUAUAUCAUUGCUGGAAGUUCCUACCAUAUUUUUUUCAAACUUUUUGCACCAGUAUUUAGCGAACAAAGGCAUAUUUUCACUUUUGACAUUUGGUGCCCUGUCGGCCAAACCGUGAAUCAUAUGACACCACGAUUUGGUCCCUCAGUAGGGGUCACUAACUUUGAGAUAUCUGGCUAAAGCGGUUACAAAACAUGCCACCGUUCUUGAACAGCGGUGCCACCAGACGACCUUGAUCCUGUGGCCUUGAAAAGAAGAUAGGAAAAAUAAUGUGGUGGAUAUAUGAUGCACCGUUGUGAAGAACAACCAUAUUUUUUUCGGAUCAGUAAUAAGGGGGCAAUCGCAUAUUUUCACUUUUGACGUUUGGCCCCCUGGUGGCCAAACCGUGAAUCAUAUAAUGCCACGAUUCAGUCUCUAAGUGGCGGUCACCCAGGUGUACAUUCGUACCAAAUUUGAGAUCUCUCUGGCUGAAGCAGUUACAAAACGUGCCGCCAUUGUCUAACGGCAGUGCCACCCACAGACUUUGACCUCUGUGACCUUGAAAAGUAAGUCAAAUCAAAAACCGAAGAAUAUGUGAUGUAGCAUUGCUAAAAGUACCUACCAUAUUUUUUUCAAACCAGUAUUAAGGGAGAAAACGCAUGUUUUCACUUUUGACGUUUGGCCCCCUGGUGGCCAAACCAUGAAUUUUACGAGGUCGCGAUUCUGUCUCUGAGUAGCGGUCACCAAAGGGUACAUGUGUACCAAGUUGGAGUUCAAUAGUUUAAGCGGUAACGAAACGUGCCACCCAUGUCUAACGACGGACACUGCGCCAUUGUAAAGGCUCACAGGUGAGCCAAUAAAGAGUGUCCUGAUUAGAGAGGUCAAAUUGAAUGGAAACAACUAAUUUGGACCAAAACUAGUGUCUUUGUUAGAGAGGUUGUCAUUGAUAGAGAGGUGUCCGCUAAGGAUGGUUCUACUGUACUUCUGAAAAUAUUUCUGUGUUCACUGUACUUUCGGCUGCCAUUUCUAGGAUCAUACUAGAAUAAACAUUUAUGCAAGCAUAAAGUCUGUUCUCAAAGCAGUAUUAUUUUCUAUGCAUUUUUUUAUUUCUCGCUGUAUAUCAGUAAUGCCAAUAGUCUCGUCGGGUUUUGUUUUGUGACUCAUGUAUAUCUUUGCAACAAAUAAUGUGCUCAUAGCAUAUGGGUCAAAUAUCCCCUCGCGACUACAAUAUAUGACCAAAAGCAAUCACUCGAAUGUUCCUGACCACCUGAUCGUGUAUCGUCUUUCUGAUAGACACCAUCCCCGCAACAGUUGUUAUAUUUGAAUGACUGAUUUGUUCUGAAACUGUUUUUCUGGACGCCAAUGUCAGAACAUGACUCAAUCAAUUGCCAUUUGUACCUGUAGCACCAAGGGUCGUGUCUAAAAGUCAAGUUGACUAAAAAGUUUGUAAAUGUACAUUAGCUUUAACCUUUUGACCACCGGGCCGUUCGAACAGUUCCAUACCGGGGCCUUUUUGGUAUUAUUGCGCUGCUAUGCUAUCUAUCCAACUUACUGCGUCAUUAUACACCAGUAGAGCCGAGCCAGAUCAUACCAAACAAUACACAGAAAGGUCUAUUAUAGCGACUGCUCAAUCGGUCGACAGUUAACACAUGUAUUUGAUUGCGACCGAUAUAGCGGUCAGCGGUAAUCAAGAGGUUAGCAAAAUUAGUCAGCACCAGCAUAUUAUUGUCAAUUAACUAUUAAUGUCAAGCUGGUCUCAGAAAACAUUCUAAUAAAUUUUGUUUGUUUAUUUUCAUGCUGUACAUGUAACUUAUUGAUAUGAAUAUGAUGCUGACUUGAAACAUUUACCUGUCGGCUUUAAGAGAGAAGAGGAUCACAAUGAUUAGUGUGGUUGCCACUUACGCCAUAUUGAUGUUUAAAUGUGAUUGACACCUGUCAGCUUUAAAGGCCAACGUCGUUUGUUGAAGAAUAUGAAAUUUGUUAUUGAAUUUGAAAAUUUCCAAUUACGUGAAUAUCUACUUUACAACUUUUAGCAUUACCUUUGUGUAGACAGGUAUACCAAUACUAUAAAUGCCAAGUUUCAUCAAAUUGGUAUGCAUAUUAUUAACCCUAAAAGCGCCAAAGGCGACGAUCAUAGCAGUAAAGUGCCGUAGGCGAUGAUUGUCAAAAUUUAACCAUGCUCUAUUACAUUCUAUAACACCAGACAGCAGCAUUGUUUACCAUGGUUUCUUUUAAGUCCAACAUUAAUGAAUAAACUUCUUUCGAACUUUUGGGCGAGUUUGAAGAAAUAUGGCUUGUAGGAGAAAUGAGUUUGUGACUGCAGAUGGUGACUCCGACUAUUUAGGCAGUGAUUUGAGUGAAGAUGAUGAUCCUAUGCCCGCUGAACACAAGGAUCAUACAGGGGGUCCCAAUGAAACUGAAUCCUCUGAUGAUGAAUGUGGGGUAUAUGUGCAUUUACAUUUUCGUUUAUGCUUCGGAUUCCAAGCGGUUAAUUUGGCUUAUCGAACAAGAAAAGUGGGUUCACAGUUCAGGUUAGAGGUUAUAACAAACAAAAUUUUAUAUGCAUUGUUUGUUGAUAUUACUACAUGUAAUAUAAAACUGCAUCUAAUCAGCAGUUGAAUUAAGCAUGACAAAUUUAUUGAAUUUUCCUCCGUUGAUUCGGCGCUGGAAAUACAUAUUUUAUGUACAUUCUGCGUUUUAAGGGUUACCUGCACUACGGCAUUUUCCUGGACCACCAGUAAUUACAAAUGGUGUACCCCCUUAAACCAUUUCGUUACAAUGGCCCGGUUUAGCGGGCCAUGAUGCAAUGACGCACGCUACUGAUCUCUACGUCACGAGAGGCGUCAUGACGUCAUUUGAAUAGAAAAUAACGUUGCGACACGCGCUUCAUGUAUAGGCAAGAUAAAGUUACAUGAAGUCGCCAGUAGGGGUUUCUCGGAAUAUCUCUCAAUACGUCAAAACUUUUCACACUUGUUCAAGGAAUAUAUUUAGUGCUGAAUCUAACAUGACCCAGUGCCCUUACUCAUGUUACUUUGUAUACUAGUUACUUGAAGAAGGCCAAUUUAACCCCCGCUUCUGCCUUUGGCCCCUUUAAAAUAGAAUAGUGAUCAAUGUGGUGGCAUCAUGACUCAUAUUUUCUGCUUACAAUUUUGUAAUUCUUGCAAUUAAAGUGACAGUUGAUAUAUUGGACAAUAUUUGAUCUAUAGAUAUGAGAUUAUUUGUAAAUGCAACAAAUAUCCAUGCGGAAGUGGGUGUUGAAUAUCAGAUGUGCUGCCCCAUACUUUUUCUGCUAUUGUACAUAUCUAAUGGGUGUUCUCUUUUUUUGGCCACAUGAAUUUCACUUCGCUUCUGGUGUCACAUUAUUUUACUUUCCUUUUUAGCUCACCUCUUGGGAGCUUAUACGAUACCGUGGCGUCCAUCGUCCGUCGUCGUCGUCUGUUAGCGGAGCACGUUUCGUCAUCGCUAGGGCUAGAUGGCUAAAAUUUGGUGUGAUGGUACCUUUGGGCAAUAUGCCCAGAUGUAUUUUUUUUCUUCGUGAUAUGACCUUUUUCUCGCUUCAGGCAGCCAUCUUGGAAAUUGGUUUUUUGCCUUUUUGAAGCUAAUGGCUGUACGUAGAGUGACAAGAUUUUUAUGGUGGGUGUGUCUUAAUAAGAUCUGACCUACUUUUCAAGGUCACAGAGUUCAAUGUUCACUAAAUCACAGAUAGGUGGCACAUUUCGUUUCUAUUUGAGCUAGAAGGUUCUAAACUUGUGUGGACAUGUAUCUAGGGACCUCUAUUCUACCCCAAAAAUUCGUCCCGCCAGGUGGCCAUCUUGAAAAUUAAACAAAGUUGGAUUGCAACCAAAUUUCAUGUGAUUGUAUAUCUAUGAAGUCUCUGCAACAUCCCUGAUUUUCAGUCAAAUCCAUGAAAAUUAAUCUUGAAAAUUAAACAAAGUCCUAUCACUCCGAAACUAAUGAUCGGAUUGCAACCAAACUUCAUGUCAUUAUGUGUCUAUGUACUCUUAUCAAUAUCCUUAAUUUUCAGUCAAAUCCCAUGACAAAUAUGGCCGCCAGGCCGCCAUCUUGGAAAUCAAACGAAGUCCUAUUACUCCUAAACUGUUGAACAGAUGUCAACCAAUUUCCAUGUGACAUGUACACUCUUCAAUAACCCUGAAAUUCAGCCAACUUCAUAAACAAAAUGCUUUACUUAGAUGGUACCGGUGAUUUUCUUUUGUGCCAUUGAGCCGAGAAGAAUAAUAUUAUUCAAUCGAAACUGGUGAAACUAGCCAGAAACUGUUCUCUCCAUAUCCAUUGCAAAUGACAUGCAUUAUAUUACCUGAGGUGAGCACAUGGUCCCUGGACCAUUUCAUUGAAAGUGUUGCUUUAUCAACUAUGCUUAUCACUUAGGCCAGUGUCAAAUCUUUAUCCACCACUUGUCUUCAUGUUCCAAAUACAAGUUGGGGGUCAUGACUGGAGUCUUUGAAGCAAAAGACUUAUUGACUUUAAAGAUACUGGAGUAUCUUGAAUUGAUCUCUCAGCAGGAAGCCCAUAGUAGUGUGGAGUAACCAAUGUAAUUGCUCUCAGUCUACCUAAGGUAGCCAGGCCAGGGUUACAUGUACACUUUUCCACCUACCUGGCUGAAAUAGACUUUGUAUCACUCUCAUUCAAGAUUACAUAACAUGUUGGAAGAAUUAAAUUAACUUCCUGUUUGUUAAAGAGGCUUGUGCCAUUAAUUUUAAGACCAUGAAAUAUACAUAUACCACAGGCACUUGCCACCACAGGGGCUUAAUUUCUGAUAAUAAGCAUAGUUGGAGAUCCUGAAAGAAUUGACAAGUGUAGUUAGCUCUUUGACCUUUCAGCCUAAGAUUUGUGUGUAAUGUGGCAAAUUUCCAUAUGAUAAUGGAUGAAAAAAAUCUAUAUCAAAGUCUCCACAUCA